AUGCUGUCGCCUAAAACCGAGCACGCCAUUAAGAAGACGGUGAUCGCAAUUGAUGUGGUGUACGCCGCACCCAGUAUGACUUCGGAGGUUAAAGCUUUGGUAGAUUCAGUCCCAGCCAGCCAGGUAGGGACAAUGAACCCUCUCUCAUUGCUGUGGCUGUACGCGGCCCUGCCAGGUCUGCUGUGGGCCUCGCAUGUCAGUCUCACAGUGGAGGGCGACAAUGACCCCUCCAGGAUCUGCAAACCCGCCCCCAACUGGACGAUAAAGGGACAUUCACCCAUGCAAGCGCUGCACGGAAACGUGGUUGUGGUGGCGCUACUGAAGGCCAGCUGACAGUUCUGUCUCACUCAGGCCUCCAAAAUUGGAGGCCUGCGUGACAAGCUGAACCGCAGCAACCUGACGGAGGUGUCUUUUAUGAUAGUAAAUGAGCGGGAGGCUCUGUCCAGAGCCAUGUUCUGGGAGCUGAAGAGAAGAGCGCCCCCUGAUGUUCCUGUCUACCAGCAGGAUCCCUUUCAAAAUGACGUGUGGGAGGCUCUGGAUGGUGACAAAGAUGACUUCCUGGUCUAUGAUAGGUGUGGUCUGCUCACCUUCCACAUAGUGCUACCUUACAGUUUCCUUCAUUACGUCUACGUAGAGGCUGCAAUCAGAGCCACCUAUGAUAAAAACAUCUGCAAUUGCACUAUGAUCAAGACACAGAUCCUGGGGCGACUCGUCGUCAUCACCAUCAUCAUCCUCUUUCUCAUCCCCACCACCACCACCAUCAUACCAGUCACCAGAAUCAGUCCCAACAUCAGCCUGACACAACUCCAGUUUGUCAUGGCAACCAUCCACACCACCUACAAUCUGUUUGCUGACAUCCCUGACUCCAUGAACACGGUUGUGUUUGCCUAG